UUUAACGAUUUAGUAAACAAGCUUGUGUUUUUUAUUAUUUUUCAUAAUUUUCCGAUAUUUUUGCAAAUAAUUUUGUCUCUAACAUGUGUAAUUAAUUGUGUUUUUAUGUGUUACAAUGAAAUUUCUCGAAUAAAUGUUUAAGUUUUAUCAUUAUUUUACGUUUAAAAUUAUGCGUCGAUUACAAUAAUGGGUGAUGCCUUGAGUGACAAAUUAAGUAAUAUCAGUAUUGACGACAGAUUUGACGACGCUGUUUCACGACGCUCUAAUAGUGUAAGUAGCGGUACCAAGAGUAUCAUGACAAAUAGUGCAACAAAAGUUCAACUCCUGAAACGCAAAAAGGAGGAAUUGGAAAAGAAGCUCAACGAAAAGUACAAUCAACUGCAACAAGUGUGUCGAGAAGAGGCACAAAUAAUCGGAGUCUAUCCUGUGGAUUUUGGCUCGACAGACGUAAAUGCUUCGACGCAAACUUUAAGACGACGCGUCGGCACAAGUUUCAAACUCCCGGAAAAUUUGCUGGGCACCAACAACAACGGCGAAGAUGAAAUCAACAAACUCAUGCUGGAGAAACAAAUCCAGCAACAAAUUUGCGAAGCGUCGUUACGUUUGGCAAGUGACGCGACGUUAUCGAAAAACGCCAUAAAAAUUCACAAACAAACGUACGACGCGGCGCAACAGAAGCUCAUUGCAAUCAAUCAAAAUUUGAGCAAACUAAAGAAACUCCAAGCGCAGCGGCAGAUCAAACAGACGCAAGACGACAUAAAUUUGCACAAAAGUCCGCCGCCCGGCAUGGCAAACAGUCGUCUUGCGGUGUACAACAACAAACCCGUAUCCGCGACCCUCGCUGUCGACCGAAAAUCCGCAAUCCGCUCAAAUUCCGUCACAAAUUCCCCGAAUGCGCAUCACAAGCAGGCGCAUCACAUGUUCAAUACGCCGCAAAUGCGAACGCGUCACGACAGCUUCGGAACGCGACAGGAAUACGAAAAUUCCGGAAAACAAUCGCCCGUGACGCCAACGUUGCCGUAUCACGCGUACAAUCAUCCGUAUCAGCAGCAACUCGCGUAUCACUUCAAUUCGCCGCCGCAGCUGCAUUAUCACUACCCGGUGAAUGUCGGAUCGUCGGCAACAAUGAGCGGAUAUCCAAAGGGCGUGCAGCAGGGAAAUCGGGGUUCGAAGCAUUAUCAUCAUAACACGAUUCAACUUCCGCCGACGGCAAUUCGGCAGCUCAAUAGUUCGCCGCAGCAUCAUCGACAUCAUGGCACGGGACAAAUUUUCGAUUCGAAUGGGAAUCAAUUUUCACCGAAUUUGGUGACGACAACUCCGACGUCGAGUGAAAGGUAUUUGCAAAAAGCACCGGCGUCUCCUGUAACUCCGUUAUCGUCAAAUUCGAUGACGGCUCAUGAUCCGACAGGGAGUUUAGUGGAUCGGAUUGAAUCUGUUCAACAAGCUCCGGGAGGAUACUGGCUCUCUAUGGCAAACAACGAACGAAUUUGGUUCCCGGUAGACAACAAAUACGCUAGUCUUGACCGACGAAGUGCUUCAACGACAAAAAAGCUCCAACUGCAAUCCACAAAAGCCAUUUCCACGGGCAACAUUGACAUGACUGCUGCGUUAGCGGAUGACGCUGAAGCUCGUCGUCGCGAGAAAAAAUGGUGCGAGACAUCCCUUGACGAGCCCGAAUUUGACGAACCAAAGCCUUGUUCGCCCACGCCUCCUCUUCCAGCCAAGAAGCAAUAUCAUCGACAAGACCUCCAAAAUGCCAAUAUUCUUUCGGGCGUGUCUCCUCCGCCGCCGCCUUUGCUUUCACGCGCCCCCAGCGAAUAUUCCGUUAAUCACCUGGACAACGGAAAUCAUCGAAUGUAUUCACGAAGCGGAUCUACGGCAACAAUGAAUCGCGUUGCGUCGCCUCGCACCCCAGAAAUUCCCGCGGAACGACCGAAUUCGGUGAUGAUGCAUCAACAACAGAACGCCGUUUCGCCGUCAAAUUCGCUCUUUGCAAGUCCCAUUGUGGGCAUUCAGAGUCCCCUGUUGAACGAAAGCCCCAACGUGACAAUUGUGGAGGAAGGAAAAAUCGUACAAGCGUAUCAGGAGGAGGAGAAACCCUUUGAAAUGUCCGACUUUUACAAAUAUUCGACGAAAUUUCGACAGAAACAGUCGAACGGAAAGACUUGACAAGAGAUUUUUUAUAGUUGAAAUGAUAUUUUAACUGUUAUUUUGCGAGAAAAUUGAACAAAUUUCUGAUUUUUUCAAUUUUUUUAGUUUUGAAAGACUUCAUAAGACAAAUUUCUUCCAAAUUUUUAUAAAAAUUAAAUUUUUUGUCUUAAAAAAUUUUUUUUAAACAAAAUUAUUUAAAUUUUUUAUUUUUUAAAUGCAUUUUCUUUAAAAAAAAUAAUUCUGAAAUAUAAAAAAAAUUUUUUAAA